AUGGAGUUUGCCUUAGCGACUUCGAGUUUUCUCGGUACGCAAGUGAUUCCCGCCACUCUGUUUUGCCGACGAGCUCGAGCCGUUUCUCUCACCGUCACCGCGAGUGGCACUUACAAUCGCAGAAACGAUAAGAUUUACACGAGGCUUGACACUUGUCUCGUCAUUCCUCCUCCUCCCAGAUUCAAAAAACCUCGCGCAAUCGUUAAGUUCUUGGGAGGUGCCUUCGUCGGAGCUGUACCUGAACUCACCUACAGUUACCUCAAGAAGCUACUGGCAAAAGAAGGCUAUUUGAUAGUAUCUGUGCCAUACAACGUCACAUUUGAUCAUGAACAAGCUGCUAAGCAGGUUUAUGAGAGGUUCAAUUCCUGCUUGGACAUGAUUGUUUCGUCUGGAGUUCCAAAUUCGAAUUUGAAGCCUCAAGAUCUAGCUCAUCUUCCUGUUUUCUCAGUUGGUCACAGCAAUGGGGCACUGCUCCAAGUUUUGACAGGAAGUUACUUUGCUGAGAAAAUACCAAAGGUUAACGCCAUCAUCUCAUUCAACAAUAAAUCGGCCACAGAGGCAGUUCCAUACUUUGAGCAGCUUGGUCCUCUCAUCCAGCAGAUGAUACCAGUUGUGGAAGCUUCUCCUUUAUAUGAUAUGGCUCGAAAUGCUUCAGGCGAUGCUUUGAAAGGCUUACUUGAUACAGCUGGGAAAAUUCUAAACAACGAUCAAGAAGCUCUCAAGUCGUUUACUAAACUGGUGGAUCAAUUGCCCUCAGUAUUCGGUGAGGUGGGUCAAGGGGUCUCAGAGUUCAGACCGUCGCCACUAGAGAAUCGCAAUUGCUUCAAGUGCUCUUACAACGUUCCACACACUCUACUGGUACAAUUCAACUCCGAUGCGAUCGAUGAGACUGAUUUACUGGAAGAGACCUUGAGGCCUCGGGUAGAAUCUUAUGGUGGUACACUUGAAAAGGUUCGGCUGAACGGAAACCAUCUCACGCCUUGCAUACAGGACCCGAAGUGGCAAAUUGGAUCUGUCUACACGCCAGCAGACGCUGUGGCUCAGGCGCUAAAGACGAUUCCUCUGAGCGAAACUCGAGUUCUUUCAAGGACAAUCGUCGAUUGGUUUAGACGGUUUGAGGAUUAA